GUUAGUUAGAUUAGUAGGCUGUUUUUACAUACAUAUAAUCAUAUUUGUACUUAACUUUGUGGACUACUUAACAUUUUCCCCUGAAUUUACAAAGAAGCACCACAUUGUAUCUAUUUUUGUAUAUUUGUAGACAUGUACAUACAUCUGUAUAUUGAUUAAUUUAUUAUCAAAUAAGACUAUACAACCGAAGGGAUAAAAUAAGAUACAUUGAAGAAAAUCAGGCAAAUAUAUUUUGGUAGCGUUACAACGUACACAACAUUAUAUUUAAAAUUUAAGUUAAAAACAUAUCGGAGCGAUUACACAAUUAUAUCAGCAUAAGCUGUUACUUUUUGACUGAUAAGUUUUAAUAGUAUGCAUAAGUAUGCUUACAUAUGUGUGCUUAUUUAAAAAACAAAUAGAAGAAAAUUAUUACGAAUAAAAUGUCUUGGAGAGUUCGUCAUUUUUUGAAACAAGUACGUGAAAAUAAAGAGGGUGAUGAGCGUAAAAAAGUAUUGACCCAAAACAAGGAAAUUUUCAAGGAGACAGAUAAUUCAACUAUUGAUAAUCAGCUUGUUACAUUAUCUGACUCACCGAAGAAUGACGUAACUGAAAAUCAUAAUCCGCCAACUUGUUUUGAAACCAAAGAAACUAAGAAGGAUUUUGAGAUUUUGUCACCCCUCAGUACAAGUUUGGAAAGUCGUUUCAGUCCCUUAACUACUUUUAAAGGCAGAUAUAUUAACUGGAAUAGAAAACAUAGUGAUUUGGCAGCACAAUCUUGGUGCUGCAUUAGUGAUAUAAUACAUUUUUGCGACAAACAUGAAUACCAAACACUGAGCCUUAACGACCCCAGUCAAAAUAAUAAAAUUGUUUCCGAGGUCAAAUUUCUUUUAACUGACGGCAAAGCUCCUUUUGAUCUAUGUAAACGUUUUCCUGGAAAUAUAAAAAAUCCAGAAGAUUUGUGGAUUUGUAUUGGUCGUUGUGCUAGUGUCGAAUAUCAUCUGAAAAAAAUAUUGAGCCUGUUUCGUAGACCUCUCGCCCGGUUGGUGGUUGAUAAGCAACGAGUGUUAAGACAAAAUUUCCACUUGGCAGUGAGUGAAUUACGUUUGGAUAUAUCAGCUCACAUUAGUACAGUUAAUCUAUAUGACCGAAAUAUAUUCGAACAUGAAUUUCAACUACGAUGGGAAGACAAGGUCGGCUAAAGUGUGUAAAAACUAAUGUUUUGUUAUAACUUGAAAUAAAUCUCUUUUGUAUUUUAUUAUAAUAAAAGUGUUGCAUAUA